AUGUGUUCUUGUGGGUUAGCAGCAGCAGCGGCUGCAGCGGCAGGCGCUACCAGCGAGCUUAGUUACCUCGCUGCCCUCCAUCCGGCGUACCGGCCUGUUCCGUACGAUCAUCCGCUUUAUGGUGCUAAUACUUUACGGGGUCUUGAAUAUUUGAGUGCAGCGAGGAGUCUCCAUCCUGAGCUUCACGCCGGUAGCACGUUAGCAAGUCAGGAUUUUCAACUUAGUCUAGAAGGUUCAAGAAUAGCAUCGCCGAAUCGCUUAAGACUGUCGGGAGGUGCAAUCAGUGCUUCCGCCAAUAGAAAGCGCGCAGUGUCAUGGAGCCCUUACUCUGCGGAAUCCUUGGACCUGGCAGCUGUGAUAAGAGCAUCACCAGCCAGCUUGGCUGUUAGAGCGCCUUCUGCUGCUUCUACUGGCAGCUAUGGGCAUCUUAGUGCUGGUGCAAUAUCCCCCGCCUUAUCUUUGUCCCACGCGUCGCUCGCCCAGCAGCUCUUGGCUCGAGGUGGAGUGGUGGGGAGUAGCGGUGUCCUCCCUGCUGGGGUUCUGCUUGAUCCCGCUCAUCAACAGGCAGCAGCGGCUGCUGCACACCAUGCAGCACAUGCUCAUCUGGUAGCAGGAAUUCACAGAUCUCACAUCUCAUCGCCAACCCAGCUCCUCAUCGGCGCUCCUGUAGAUGUCCGCCCAGGUUUAGGAUUAGACGGAACGCCCCCUCAGCAUAUGCAGCAGCCACCACAACAACCGGAAAUCACCAGUGUGAUGGAGGCUGAUAGCGCAUCAACAGCCUUAAACCAGCGGAAGUCCCCUCAGAGUCUGAUGAAUAGAGACGGAAUGCAUUGCAAACCUCUAUCAGCGGCUGCAGAGAGCACAGUUCAUGAUGGAUUGGAUUCCAAAGACGAGCCUGGAGAUUUUAUAGAGACGAACUGUCAUUGGGUUGACUGCAAACUAGAGUUUCCAACACAAGACGACCUAGUUAAGCAUAUCAACACAGACCACAUCCACGCGAGUAAGAAAGCAUUUGUCUGUCGUUGGGUCGGCUGCUCCAGGGAUGAGAAACCGUUCAAAGCUCAAUAUAUGCUGGUAGUGCAUAUGCGACGGCAUACUGGGGAAAAACCGCAUAAGUGCACGUUUGAAGGCUGUUGCAAAGCGUACUCCCGCCUGGAGAACCUGAAGACCCACCUUCGGAGUCAUACUGGUGAAAAGCCUUACACCUGCGAGUACCCUGGGUGUGCGAAGGCGUUCUCCAAUGCCAGCGACCGAGCUAAGCAUCAGAACAGGACACAUAGCAAUGAGAAACCAUAUGUCUGUAAAGCUCCAGGUUGCACAAAACGGUACACGGACCCUUCGUCUCUAAGAAAACACGUGAAAACAGUUCACGGCGCUGAAUUCUACGCGAGUAAGAAACACAAGGGUUGUAAUCGCGGUGAUGACUCGGCUGAAUCUGGUGGCGGUGGUGCAGGUUCGUCGCCACGGUCAGAAGAGGGCGGAGUCCCGCUUGGCGUGCGCGGGCACACCUCUUCUGCUUCCGUCAAGAGCGAAAGUCCUGCUUCGCCGUUGCCUCAUGGGAUGCAUACUGCACAUCAGCUGUCUACACAAUGCGGUGGAGACUUGAAUUUCGGAGGAUCUGGACUUGAUGGUUUUAGUGACGAAAAUGGUGUUCCUUACUUCAGAAUUGAAGGCGAUGUAGAACAAGAAGUGGUGGGUGAAGUUGGUCAGCUACCACUCAUGCUUCGCGCGAUGGUGGCGAUAGGAGAACCUCGGGCCCACCAUCACACGCCACGGCUGGGCAACAAAAUGGGCAUGGGAAGACUUAUGCCGUUGCAUGCACCUGAUAUUGGAGGUGGUCCAGUUACUGGACGAACGGAACUUGGCGGUACCAAUGUGGCUGUUGAGUUGAAGACUGGUCCUCCGAACGCCAGACGCGAUUCUGGAAUAUCAUCUGGAAGCAGUCUUUAUAGUGCCAGAUCGUCCGACAUAUCGCGCAAGAGCAGCCAAGCCUCAGUGGUGUCCGGUGCGGUGACGUCACACGUCGUGACACAGCGGUUAGUGUCGCAACCCGCUGUAUAUGAUCAAUUGUCACCUGACAGUAGUCGAAGAUCUAGUCAAGUCUCAUGUGUGGGAUACGCCCCGCCUCCAUCAUCAGCACUCGCCGCUGUACAAGCCGUCAGAACUUCCCAAGGAAAUCAGGCCGUACUCCUCAGAGGAGUGACAUGCACAGAAGUAAGAGCUGAAGAGCUAGCUUUAGAGCUGGAUCCCAAUAUCCAAGUGAAGGAAGAGGCGAGAAGGCUUUCGGAACAGUCUAACCUGAGUGACCAGCAAUACCAGCCAUAUCCAUGCAACACCGAUGACGUGUUACAAGGUGACGCAAAUUUCCCAUUUAAAACGGAGGAUGACCACGACACGAGCACAUACAAAGAAUCACGGUCCAAUUCCACCACAACAGUGGUCAUCACCACGGCCCAAGUUCACCAUCCUAAUCAAGAAGUUAACCUGGAACAGGUUGCUGAAGGAGAAAUGGUGGAAAAUAAGCUGGUGAUACCAGAUGAAAUGAUGCAAUAUCUUAACCAAUCCAUAUUGGGCACUGACACGGUAACACCAGCUAAAACCGACUCCACCAAUCAAGAACCCGGAAAUGAUAAAGACGAAAAUAUAACCAAAGACAAAGUAGCCAGUGAUGUCCCAAACACGAACAAUUCCAGUGACAAAAUUAGCGAUGUCGCGACAAGUGACGAUUCCCUACUAAAAAAUCUUGGUGCCAUAGGUAGUGAUCUCAAUAUAAGUGAUAUUCAAGUCGAUUUAAGGUCUUUAGAUGUUAGUAUGUCAGGAAACAGUGGCUCGCUCUUAGCGAAGUCUCCGGACGACAAAAACCCGCCUCUUCAAGAGCAAGUUAUCCCAGAAGUUGUAAACGAGAACUGUGAAAAGGAUUUCAGCAGGCCACCAGCAAGCCAAGCGCCGACCAAUCCCUUGCAAUCCUUGCAAACUAUGACGGCUAACCAAACGGAACAGUCGAAUAGAACAAGGAUUAAUCCUGCGUCUCAAAAGCAGACAACUAUCAAAAGCAACGUACAGACUAUGAACAUGCCCCACGGACUGCUCAGUCCCCAGAGUCUGCCGCACAGUGCAAUGAGCCCUCAAAGUGUCAUGAGUCCAAAUCAUAUGCCUAACCUCAUGAGUCCACCCAGUGUUUAUAACGUUAUGAGUCCUCAAAGCGCCAUGAGUGUUAUGUCUCCGCAACACAACGCAAUGAGUCCACAAUCCAUGCAGAGCUUAAUGAGCCCAAUGCCAAAUCAAAUGAUGAUGAGCCCGCGACACAAUAAUAUUGGAAGUCCUAUGUCCCAGAAUUUAAAUAGCCCAAUGAUGAAUAUGGCUAGCCCCAUGCCCCAAAACAUUGCGAGUCCAAUGAGCCACGGCAUGCCUAGUCCCAUGCAUCCGGGAUUACAGAGUCCCAUAACGAGUCCCAUGAUCCAGAACAUGACCAACAUGACGAUGAAUGUACCGUCUCCGCAAAACCACACUCAAAAUAUUAUGAUGAUGAACGCAAACAUGAUGUCUCAAAUGCCAACUGCGCAAAUGGCCUCUCCACAGAUGGCCACACCGCAAAUGGCUAACCAAUACAUAAACAGACAGAAUUGUAAAGUGCCUAACAAAAACUUCAACGCUCCGAAACAGUAUCCGAAUCAAAACUUCAACCAAAACCCUAUGCAGAACCAACCAGCUCAGCAGAACAUGGCCCAAUAUUCAAUGAUGCAGCAGAUUAAUCAAAAUCAGUUGCAGAUGCAGCCACAAUCCCAAGUGGCGUAUAUGCCAAAUUAUUCCCAGAACUACAUGAAUCAAUGCAAUCAAAUGCAUCCCAUGCAAAUGUCCAGGUCUUCAGUCAUGAGCGUGGACAACAGCGGAACCAUGAGUCGUGGCGCGAUGAACGGUUAUUAUGAAAACCAGUGUCCACAAAACAUGCAGUACACCCAAAACGUACAGUAUCCCCAACCGCCCCCCUACAACUCCGUCGUGCCCAAUGUAAUGGGACCACCUCCACCGAAGAACCAAUACAACCAGUACUACAACCAGAGGCAAAUGAACCAAUGGGAGUACAACCAAUUGAACAAAAUGCAGAAGUCUGUACCAAAUUCUGUCAAUAUGUCGACUGGUAGCCAGAAGCCCGUGAACGGAGUACGACCACUUAACCAAGUGAAAAAUGGGGACACAGACUGUAGUAUGAACAGCUUGAGGAGUCAUAAUCAGCCAAGCGACGUCCAAGUAUGGGACAUAUCGCAGUCGCAGAUAGACGCUUCGAACAAUAGGAAGAAACAGAACAGCAUGCGCCAGGAGACCUACCAGAGAACCCUGGAGUACGUGGAGAACUGUGAAAAUUGGAAGAGUUCAGAAAUGGUUUCUAGCAGCACCCAUCCUCUGCAAGGUGGCGACAAUAUGGUUGUCAACGACCUCCAAACAUCGCUGUCUUCGUUUUACGAAGAGAAUCAAUAUUUACAGAUGAUACAGUAA